AUGUUUUCAAAUAUUGGUCGUGGACCACAGGUGAAGAAAGCAGUUUCCACUGUGAAUCAUUCAGCAAAAGUUUUCGCUUCAAAAAGAUUCAAUUCAACGUCACCUCAUGCCCCAACCCCAAAGUUUCCCCAGUUGAAGGAGAGCGACAAGUUUCCUGAUGGGACCCCUGAUUACGUGAAGCUUAUCCUUACUUCUAAAGUUUAUGACUUUAUGGACGAAACUCCUCUUACACAUGCAGUUUCAUUGAGUUCUAAACUAAACACCAAUGUGUAUUUGAAGCGUGAAGAUAUGACCCCAGUUUUUUCUUUCAAGCUUAGAGGUGCAUCUAACAUGAUUGGGAACUUGUCAGACGAGCAAAAGAAAAAAGGUAUCGUUGCUUGCUCUGCCGGGAAUCAUGCUCAAGGUGUUGCCUAUAGCGCCAACAAACUCGGAAUCGAAUCCACUAUCGUUAUGCCUUUGGCGACCCCAGAAAUCAAGUUCAAAAACGUCAGACGGUUGGGAUCAAAUGUGGUAUUGUAUGGUGACGACUUUGACGCUGCUAAAUCUGAAUGUAAGAGGUUAGAAUUACAGGAAGGUUACACUAAUAUCCCACCAUUUGAUCAUCCAUAUGUUAUUGCUGGUCAAGGAACUAUUGCCAUGGAAUUAUUACGUCAAAUCAGCGGUAGUAAGAUAAACGCUGUGUUCUGUGCCAUCGGUGGUGGUGGAUUAAUUGCCGGUGUUGCUGCAUACUUGAAAAGAAUUGCCCCACAUAUCAAAGUUAUUGGUGUCGAGACUUAUGAUGCUCCUGCCAUGCAUGGAUCUUUGAAAAAUGGUGAAAUAAAGACUUUAGAUAAAGUUGGUUCUUUCGCCGAUGGUACUGCUGUUAAAGUUGUUGGGACUGAAACUUUCAGAGUUUGCUCCAAGUAUGUUGACGAAACAGUUCUUGUCAAUACCGAUGAAAUUAGUGCUGCUAUUAAGGACGUCUUUGAGGACACCAGGGCUAUUGUCGAGCCAAGUGGUGCUAUGACAGUUGCCGGUAUUAAAAAGUAUAUUAGUGCUCAUUCAGAAAUAGACCAUUCAAAGAACUCAUAUAUUUCCGUGCUUUCUGGUGCCAACAUGAACUUUGAUAGAUUGAGAUUUGUGGCGGAAAGAGCAGUUCUUGGUGAAGGUAGAGAAGUAUUUAUGCUCGUGGCUAUCCCAGAUGUUCCAGGAUCAUUCCUUAAAUUACAAAAUGUCAUUCAUCCAAGAUCGGUGACUGAAUUUUCUUACAGAUACUCGCUUAAGAUUUCUCAAGGCGGGGAAGUUAAGACCAACAAUGCAUACAUUUACACUUCAUUCAGAGUCAACAGCCGCGAACUAGAAGUUGAAGAAGUUAUCAAUAAAUUGUCUGCUUUAGGUUUCGAAGCCGUUGACAUCAGUGACAACGAAAUUGCAAAGAACCACGGUAGAUACCUUGUGGGAGGUAAUGCUGAUUUACCUAACGAAAGACUUCUUAGUUUCACAUUCCCAGAAAAGCCUGGUGCUUUGACCACUUUCUUGACCCAUAUGAAGAACCAAUGGAACUUGACUUUGUUCCAUUACAGAAACCAUGGCCAAGAUGUUGGUAAAGUGUUGGUAGGCCUCGAUGUUCCUCCACAAGACGAAGAGAAAUUGGAGAAAUUCUUGGAAGAUUUGAAGUAUGAUUAUCAAAAUGUCACCGAUAAUUAUGUCUUGCAAAAAUUUCUCAAGUGA